AGCCGGCGUGAGAGGAGCUUCGUGUCCGUAGGAGAGAGGAUCCUCCGCCGUUUGUGUUUUUUAUGAUUGUCUUUCUGUAGCACUGAAGACCUCGAGAGUCAGACUGCACCGAAGAGGAGCUUGGACGGCAUGCAAAGUUGUGAAAUUUCCUCAGACAGCACUGAUGAUCCUCUUAGUAGUGGCCUUGGCACUCAUCGGCAGCCUCGAAUAGUAGUGAUCGGUGCUGGCUUGGCCGGCCUCGCUGCAACAAGGGUCCUACUGCGGAACGGCUUCACGGAUGUCACUGUCCUAGAGGCGUCAGACCACAUCGGCGGGAGAGUUCAGAGCAUUCAGCACGGAAAAGCAACUUUGGAGCUCGGAGCUACCUGGAUCCAUGGCGCCAACGGGAACCCGGUGUACCACCUGGCGGAGGAAAGCGGGUUGCUGGAGCACACCACGGAUGGAGAGAGGAGCAUGGGGCGCAUCAGCCUGUACACCAAGAACGGCGUGGCUCACUACCAGACCAAUGUGGGCAGAAGGAUCCCCAAGGACCUGGUGGAGGAGUUCAGCGACGUGUACAACGAGGUCUACGAGCUGACUCAGGAGUUUUUCCAGAGCGGGAAGCCUGUUUGUGCCGAGAGCCAGAACAGCGUUGGCGUUUUUACUCGGGACUUGGUGCGCAAGAGGAUCACGUUGGACCCCGACGAUUCUGAAAGCAUCAAGAAGAUCAAACUGUCGAUGCUUCAGCAGUACCUCAAGGUGGAGAGUUGUGAAAGCAGCUCUGCCAGCAUGGAUGAGGUGUCUCUGAGCGAGUUUGGAGAGUGGACCGAGAUUCCUGGAGCCCACUACGUCAUUCCUGAAGGUUUUAUGAAGAUUGUGAACCUCCUGGCCCAGGACAUCCCGUCCCAAACCAUCAGCCUUUGCAAACCAGUUCGCAGCAUCCACUGGAACUACUCAGCCCAUCAUCGGGAGCUCAUUGCUAAGAGCAACCACACCGAGCAGCUCAGAAACCACAACAACAACAACCACGGCGGCCAGCCUCACGAGGACCUUCUGCUUCUGGGUCGCCCCAUCUGCGUGGAGUGUGAAGACGAGGAGUGGAUCAUGGCUGACCAUGUGAUCGUGACGGCUUCACUGGGCGUCCUGAAGCAGAACCACGCAGCCAUGUUCUCCCCACCGCUUCCCGAAGACAAGGUGCUCGCCAUCGAGAAGCUGGGCAUCAGCACCACUGACAAGAUAUUCCUAGAGUUCGAGGAGCCCUUCUGGAGCCCCGAGUGCAACAGCAUCCAGUUUGUGUGGGAGGACGAGGCCCAACUGGAGCAACUGGCCUACCCCGAGGAGCUGUGGUACAAGAAGAUCUGCAGCUUCGACGUGCUCUACCCGCCCGAGCGCUACGGCUACAUGCUGAGCGGCUGGAUCUGUGGCCAGGAGGCGCUCUACAUGGAGCGCUGCGACGACGAAACGGUGGCUGAAACCUGCACGGAGCUGCUCAGGCGCUUCACAGGGAACCCUGACAUUCCAAAGCCCAGACGGAUCCUGCGCUCGUCCUGGGGCAGCAACCCGUACAUCCGAGGCUCCUACUCUUUCACCAGAGUCGGGUCCAGUGGUGCUGACUGUGAAAGGCUGGCCAUGCCACUGCCGUACGCCAACAGCACCAAGGCUCCACCCCUGCAGGUUCUGUUUGCUGGAGAGUCCACCCACAGAAAGUACUACUCCACCACACACGGUGCCCUGCUGUCAGGGCAGAGGGAGGCCACUCGCCUCACGGAGAUGUACCAGGACGUACACAGAGCGCAGACCACGAAGCCUACAGUCUAACCCCGUCCAGCCUCCGACUGGAGACUAAAAGAGUCCACACGUUGAGCUAAAAGCUUCUGUCGUUCUCAUUAGGGGUUACUUUAAAAGCAUAGCUUGGGCAUUUUCACUCUGACAACUAAUGAAUAUUAUUUUAAUUGUACUGUAGAUCUGAAUCACGUUAAGUUUUAACUGAGACGUCGAAACGUUGCCAACGUUGGUGCUGUUAGUUCCUGUCUUUGUCAUUCUGCCAUCAUGUUUUGUCUUUUAAAUCAGUACGUUUAUAAGUUUA